GAGCUGGCAGCCAGACGAGUCACAGUUGAGGGAAAAAAAGAUAAAAGAUCACAGCUGAAGGAAAGGAAAGCAGGUUUUAAUUUCUGUUAGCUUUAAAAAAAUGGAUAAAGAAGAGAGAGAUGAGAACACGAGGAGAGGAUAAAAAGAAAAAGGUGGAUGAAUGUGUAGACAACUGAAUCACUGAGGGCAGCAGGGAGGCAGUGGAGCGACUGUGGGCGGGGAGAGAGGAAGUGUGGUCGACAGGAAAGGAAUUUAAAGUCUCAUUGUUCUGGAAGAGGAGAGGCAGAGGGAGCCGAGAAGCAGAGGAGUCGAUCUGCUGACGGACGCUGGACAACAUGGACGUGAGCUCAGCCAUGGAGAAGAUGUCUGUAAGAGCGACUGCAGUUGGUGCUGGAGGAGGAGAAGGAGGUGCACCAAAAUGUCUCAUAUGUGAGGAGAGCUGCUCUGGAUAUCAGCCACAUUCUUGGAGGAAAGCCUGCAUGAAGUGCAGCUGCAGCACCACCGACCAUGUUCCUGGAAAUGACCUGGAGGAUGAUCAACGAAUGGGACGCCUGCUUGCAGACUCACCAAGCUCCCACUUGACAGCAAAGGUCAAAGGAGGCGGAGGCCUUCGCAUGUACAAGAGAAACCGGAUGAUCGUGACAAAUCCGGUGGUUUCACGCAAAGAUCCAACCUUCAAUACCACAACAUACGACUGGGCGCCAGCUGGCCUCAGCCAGAAACUGGCCAUGCAGUACAUGGAGCUCCUCCCAGAGAGUCAACGCCCCGUCUCAGGUACUGAUGGAGCGCUGGAGCGUCGCAGACAGCUCCUCAGCCAACUCCCCAUCUAUGAUCAGGACCCUAUGAAAUGUCAGAGCCUGGCCAGUGAGGAGGAGAUUUCCUCCAUGUUGCUCUUUGUGAAGCAGUACAAACAGGAGGUGCUGGGGGUGGGUGAGGUGGCCUUGCCUGGUGAGGCUGGAGGUCUGAGGGAAGCAUCCAUCCAGAGGACAGCGAAGGAAGCAAAGGAUCGCAGUGACAAGAAAGAUGCUGUGCAGCAGCAGCAGCAGCAGCAGCAGCACACAUCCACCAACAGCAGCCUCACCUCCGUUGCUUCUGCUGCCACUAACGGAACAGAUGACAAGACUGAAUAUCAUUGUACUGGUUGCCACAGCGAAGUUGCCAAGGAGAACCCGGUUGUUUAUGCCGAGCGUGCGGGUUACCACAGCGCCCUGUGGCAUCCCCAGUGCUUCGUAUGCUCAGAGUGUGGGCAGGGCCUGGUGGACCUGGUCUACUUCUGGUCCAAUCAGAAGCUGCUCUGUGGACGUCACUACUGUCAGUUGGAGUGGCCGCGAUGUUCAGGCUGCGAUGAGCUCAUCUUUUGCAAAUCUUUCCUCACGGCGAAAGAUGGACGGACGUGGCAUCCUCAACAUUACUGCUGCUGGAAAUGUGGACAAAGCCUUGAUUCUCCAUGUCAGCACUGACACGCACAAACUAUGCUGAAGCUGAUAUUAGUUACAAAACACCUUAUCAUAAAACAAUAAAACAAGCAGUGCCGAAUGAAAAUGUUACUUCACUAUAUCACAGCUGUGAUUAACAAUGAUAAAAUGUAUUCAUGGAAAGCGAGAGGUGUUGAAAGCCUUUAGAUUGCUGACAUUUAAGUGUAUGAAAUAUUUUAUGUUACAGAGAAAAAAGACCAGAUGAAUAAAUCCUGUUUGAAAUACGUAAAGGGACAUUAAGCUGUAGCACUUAGAGACUCAGCAGAUUUAGAGAAGUGCAUAGUUGACAUGAAUGGGUUGUUUUGUUGACCUAUUAGCUCUUAAAGCAUGAAAAGUGACAGACGCUAGAUGUCCUGGUUUCACCCUACAGAAGCCAAGAUGUGACAAUUUAAAGAACAUAAUUAAAUCAAUCAAAUCAAGAAUCAAGAGUAACUGAUCCAACCUCAACAGAGAUUUAAAUGUCGGUUAUCAAAAAUGAAUGAAAUGACAUGGCAGAUUUUAGCUCUAUCACGAAACUGCAGGAAGAAGAAUUAUUACAUUUGUACCAAAGAUUUCCAGUUUGUGGCAACAAAGGAGCAAACUCUUUUCUGGUGAGGCUGAACUUAGAAGCUCCAUACUUGUAUGUUUAUUUUUCUGGGUUGUUUCUGUCCUGCAAGAGUUACUCAGUUUUUGGAAGAAUAACAAAAAAAUCUUAAUGUGACUCUUUACCUUUUUGACUUUGUCCUUUUUUUCUAAUGAUUUGAAAAUAACAAUAACUCAUUUUAAUUCUUAUAAUUUGAGUGAAUAGUAAUAAGUGGUGAUUUAAACCAACAUACCUGAUUUAUAUUUCAUAUAUAUUUUUUAUCAUAUAUUUUAAAAUAUUAUUAUUUUUAAGGAACAAAAAACAAAAGAAAUCCCUCUUGUGGAAUAAUUUGUGAAGUCAAAGAUUUAAUUAAAAUCUGUGAACUUCAGGAAAAUGCUUUAAAUAUUUGACUAGUGAUGUUUCGUUAGAUAUUCUCUAAGUGUACUUUUGAAAAUUCUUUGCUGGCGGUAAAAAAACAAAUUAUUCUAUGCAGCUGUAAUAAUUCAGCUGAGGAAUAAAAAUACUUUACGAUCUUCUGUGUAUGUUUCUCAGAAAUUGUGAGAGAGUUCAUGUUUGUGUUAAAGUUUCUGGAAAGAAAUCAAAUCCUGAUCUGUUGAGUUUUAACCUUUGCAGUUUUCACAUGUUAACAUUUGUUUUAGGUCAGAAAAGUUUUAUGUGGUGAUUAGACCUGACAGAACUGGACAGAGUGAAUAAAAAUGAUUUGAAUUAUUGAGUUUUCUACAGCAGGUUUCUAUAUUAGUAUUUACCACUGGCCAACGCUUUUGUUUAAUUUAGCUUUCAUGGUGAACAUUUCAUUUGUUUGGCUGAAACUUGUAAGUUAAUUUUUGUUUAUAAAGUCCAUUUUCUGUUCA